UGCAAGAGGGAAUCAUACUCAGCGAAAAGAAACUAAAACUUGAGUCCCGUGGGCAGUCGUUGAUCGGUGACUUAUGCGACCGUGACCAUCUAAACCUCCCAUUCUGAACUUGGUUCCACUUCGUUGCGCAAGCAGCACAUGCUUUACGCUCAAGUGUGCGUCGCAUACCGUGUACUUGUGCCUUAACAAAGUGGUAUCUGGAUAAAGAACCAUCGUAUAUAGCCCGUACUAUUGACCGUGUGGGGUCGGAUAACCCAAUCUCAGGAUUCAUAUUCCACCAGAAUGAGUCCGGUGGAUACAACGCCAUUCCCGAUAUGGCCGCGGGACUUUGUGAGCGAUCUCAAAUCCGCCCCGGAAACAUUAUCUAGUUGGGAUAAUUGCAUGGCCAAAUCGUAUUGCAAAUGGCCCGUCAUCGCCGCGAUCAUUGUCGGUGCAGUCAUUGUUAUCUCUAUUCUGGCGUGCAUUAUAAACUGCCUGUGUUGCGGCAUCCAAUGUUGCAAAUGCUGUGGAUGCUGUUCAUGCUGUUGUCCGUCUCCCCGCCGAAAGAAGGAACCAAAGUACUUGGAUGACCCUUACAAUCAACCUCCACCGCUGCCGGCAAACAAUCCUUAUCAGCCACCCCCACCCCCUUCUCUACCUACCUAUCGUGGAGCGCAGGUCGCACGGUUUGACACGCCCCCGAGUCCUGCUGUCUCAAAGGGCAAUGAAGACGCGUUGCCCGCGAUGCCCACGUGGGAUAGUGCCGUAACCAAGAGGGUCGAAGAGACUGAUCAUCACCAAGAUGCAAUGGAGAUGGAGCCUUUGAACCUUGCAAACCAAAGACCGCGUCGAAUGCCAUCUGCACCGCGACCAAACGGAGCCGGUUACAUGGGGCCACCGCCUAUCAGGACAGGCACAGCUGUUACUUCUUCCAGUUUUUACCCUGAUGACCAGAGCGCGUAUCACGCUCGUUCCCCCGGCGGGCCGUCUCCGAUCUCGCCAUACGAACAACCCUAUGGUGAUUAUUCUCAGGCCUAUGGAUCCCAACCGCAUUAUAUGCCAAUUGGCACGGCCGUUUCACCGUCCGCCGAGGCCACUCCCGCGCCCUAUCGUCAGCCAUCUCCAGCCAUCACUCAAACACCUGGGAUGGCACUAUCCACGGAUGGCGCUCGUCCGAUACCUUAUCGGCAACCUUCCCCUGCCAUCAACCAAUCACCUAUCAACAGGACGAUGUCGCCUGCGAACGUAGCCCCUCCCUACAGAGCAUUGACACCUGCAAACGCGAACCCACCCUACAGGACAAUGUCUCCCCCCAGCCACGAGCCUGUCUAUAGGGCGAUGUCUCCCCCUAGCCAAGAGGCGGCUUACCACGCGAUGCCUCUUCCAAGCCAUGAGUCCGCGUACCAGGCAAUGCCUCCACCUGGUUCUGAGCCCACUUACAGGGCGAUGCCUCCUUCGUUCAACACCGAACCGGUUUAUAGGGAUAUGUCUCCCUCCAUUCCUUCGUCACCCCCUCCACCAUUCACAUCAAGUCCCGCUCCUCAUGAAACAGUACAAGACUCGGGCAGGCCCCCGACCUUGCUACAAAGUGGGCGGAAGCCCGUUCCCAAUUCUUUCAGGGAUGUAUAAGCAUCGUAAAUGAUAGAGCUGAGGUAUAUUCUUGAUUUAACCACGGCAGCACAUUGACGUCUGCGUGUCUACGUCAAGGUCGAUUUGUCUUAUAUUCGCUUCUACGUAAAAUCGAUAUGGUUGGCGCCAUUGUACAGUGUGUGGAAAUUGCGCUUAC